UAUACAUCAUGAAAACAUGGCAAAUCUUGCUCAUUUUUCUUAUAUGUUUACAAAUGGUUUUCAUGUACAUUACGUACCACAAGACCGAACAUUAUUUCUCCAUACAAGGUGUUACAUACCAAAUCCGUGUCGUUAACGGUUUCACCAACAACUCUUCUGAACCUCUAGUCAUCUGGUGCACCUCACAAGAUGGUGUUGAUAUGGGCGGCCGAGCCCUUCAAGAAGGCGACGACUACACUUGGUACGCUCGGCUCACUUUCUGGACCCCCGCCCCGGGUUACUCUUGCACCAUAAAGUGGGACCAAACCCGAAAGACCUUUGAAACUUUUCAGGGGCACCAAGGCAGACAUAGGUGUGGAACUCGUAGGAAAUGUUUGUGGCUGAUCAAGGAAGAUGGGAUCUAUUUCGGCAAUGAUGAGUCUAAUUGGGUUAAAGAUUUUUCAUGGAGAAAAAUAUAGUAUGUGUUUGCUGACGAUUUUAAGGAAGAAAAAAAAAAUAUUUCGAAGCUUUUGUUUUUUGAACGACUAAUUUUUUUUUAAUCCAUGUCGUCUGUGAGACUUGCACCUAAAGAUUUCGUACUUGGUCACAACGUUUUAUUUUCCUUACAACCAUUGUG